AUGCCCCGAUACCACGGUAGAAACCGUUGCCUCAAAGAGGAAAGCGAUUGCGAAGAAAAUGAGGGGCUAUCUAGAAGAAAUUGUUCUGGUUCAGACUCGGAUUGCAAACAUGAUCAAAAGAAAAAUCCUUGGAAAAGACUAAAACGGAAAGAGCAUCGUGAAAAUAAUGAGUGCGUAAGAAAUAGACGCGAGCGUUCUAAACAAGAAUAUAAUUGCAAAGAUAAUGAAGCAAUAUGCGGAAGAGAACAAUCUGACCCUGAAUCCACAGACGAGUUCUCUGACGAAGAUGACGAAAAGCUGUGUCGUAAAGGAAGACGAAGAGUAAAACGAAUAAAAAGCAUGAGAACUGAUAAAGAGGGAGAAGAGUCUUGUAAAACAGUCUCUUCCGAUCCUGAAUGCAAAGUGGAGUUACUUGAUGAAGAGGAAGAAGGGCCGUGUCGAAAGAAAAGUCAAAAAAGAAGACGGAAUAGAAGACAAAAAAAUAGAAAAACAACUGACGGAGAGGAGGAAGAACCUUGUAAAACAGUAUCCUCCGACCCUGAAUGCAUAGAUGAGUCACUUGAUGAUGAAGAAGAAGAGUCUUGUCGAAAAGGAAGACGAAAAAAUAGAAAAACAACUGACGAAUCCUCCGACACUGAAUGCAUAGAGGAUUCACUUGAAUAA